AUGGGUCAAAGUAACAAGACUUCCAGAAAAUCGGUAACACCAGGUAUCCGCAAAGGUGGUGGUAAAACCGUUGGUAAAAAAUUAAAGAAAACUAUUCCAAGAAAGACCAUUGAUUGGUCAAAAUAUAACGUCAGCUCCGAUGAUGAUGACGAUGAAGACGAACAAGAUGAAGAUGAAGACGAAGAAGAUGAUAAUAACAACAGUGAUGAAGAUAAUUCACGCAGCAUGAACUCUGAUAAUGAAGAAAGUGAACACUACAACCUUGAUGGUUUAUAUUCACUUAUUGAUAAAUCAAACAAAUCCGUCGAUUCUGAUGCAAGUAGCAGUGUUGACGAUGAAGAAAAAUCAAAUGCCGGUUAUUCAUCGAGUGAAUCUGAUGAUAUCAUGUACAGUUCCUCAUCUGAUGAAGAUGUCGAUUUUGUUAAACUACAGAUUGCUAGAGCAAGAAAGGGUUUGAAGAGUAAACCAAAAAAUGAUAUUGCUAUUGCAUCAGAUUCUGAAUCAGAAGCUGAAUCUCACUCUGAAUCCGGAGUUGAUGGCGAGUCCGAAGUGGCAGAUGUUUCUACUGAGUUGAAACCAAAACCAAGAAGAAAAAGUUCGAUCAAGUAUGGUAGAAGGCGAUCAGAUGCUGUCUUGCCCGAGCUUAAAUUUGAAUUUGAUAAUCCUGAACAAGAUGAAGUUUCAUCAGUUGAAGAAUUUCACGCUGCUCCUGUGGAUCAACAGGAAGAAGAAGACUUGGGUGAAGAUUUAGGUGAAGAAGUUGAUGUUGACUUUUCUUCAAAUAUUCCAUUAGAUACUUUUGAUUUUGAACAUCAAUUAAUGGAUGUUCCAAGAAUUGGUGAAGAAGAAUUGAAUUCUGAUGCUGAGUAUGAAUUCAACGAAGAUGAGUUGAUUGCUACUCUCGCCGAGAAUGACGAUGACGAUGGUCUUUUGGAUACACCUACCACCAAUACUACUCCAAAAGAAGUUAGCAGACACAACUCUAUUAGUUCAUCGAAUGUGGAAGAUUUUGAUGACGAUGAUGAUGAUAACGAUCCAUUUUUGAAAGAAGAAGAGAAAUUCUUAGUCAAAGAGUUUGAAGACAAUGGAUUUGAUGAAGAAGAAGGAGACGGUGAUGACUUUGAUUUAUUUGAAACUGAAUUUAAUACAAAUGAGCCAAUUGUGAAGUAUGAAAGCAAUCAUUCAAGUACCAGUGAUGAUGAAUUGAUAAACUUGGAUUUCAACACCAACCCUUCAAAGAAAAAGAACCACCAUAGUGAAGAUUUUGAUGACAAUACUUACUUGUUCAAUUACUUUUUCUCGUCUGAUAACGAAUCAUCAAGUGAUGAAAUUGAUAUUAAUAUGGCGGAUGCUGAUGAAUUAUUUAGAGAAGGUAUUGCCGAUGAUAAUACAACAACAGCAACUCCUAAUCAAAAUCCAAAUCAAACUCCUAGUAACAAAUCUCCUGCUGAAGCAUCGGAAGAUUCUAAUUAUGAUCUUCAUAAAACCUUGUUUGAUAAUGAUGGAUUUGAUGGAUAUGAAUCGGGAGAAAGUACUGAAGAAGAACUUGAUCUUCCACAACCAAAUAAGAAAAUUCAAUCUUUUACUAAACCAAGUGAAGUUAUUUCCAAUGGUGCUGAUCCACGUCCACCAGUUAUUGGAACUUGGGUUACUUCAAAUUAUAAACCAUUCAAGGUUAUUGAUGGUUCAUCAGUAUUAUCUUUGGUUAGUCCACAGAACAACCCAAGAAAAGGUGUUAUUGUACAAUCUCCACAUAUUGCUUCCUCUGAAGAUCUGGCCAUUGGUUUAGAUGAAUUGUUGAAUGUUGAAUUGAUUGAUGAUGGAAAUAUUGAUGAAAAUGAUAUUAAAAUUUGGAGAGAAUUUAAUAAUGAUAAUAAAAAGAAGAUUCCAUUGGGUGCAUUCAGAAAUAAAUCA